UGCUGCGUAAUGGUGUGACAGUCUCAGUAUUUUGUAACAACACUGCCACCCGGAUAUCUUUUCUAUGAGGCGGUCAACAGCCUUAGAGGGUACCAAAGAGGCUGAAUGAAUGAUUGCGCCCGAUAACUGUUCGUGUAAAUCCGCAAUUCGACUUCUACUGCGGCCCAGUUCACUGCAGGCUCAAAAUAAUACGAUUUUUGUCGAUAAGCACCUGCUGAUGUUCAGAAGGACUCGAGUAGGAUGUUCAGCGCCCGGAACGUCAAGAUGCGAUUUACUUUUUCAGUGGUCGAGCUGCGGAUAUUGACACCUCUCUGCGCUCUUAAUUGCACCCCAGAUGAUUUGGUGUCUCUCGUGACGACAUUAAUAACCCACUGGUCUCAGAAUAUAAAGUUCUCGUCGCUAUCCCAUGUACCGAUCGCCCCGCCCUUUCUCACCAUGGAAAUCUUUCUUCGCAGCGUUGAUUACUUCACUAGCCAACAUGAAGUGAUUCGUACUCUCGCCCAGUAUCUUCAUCAGCCUCCGUAUACUACCAACAUGCCCUUGAACUUUCAUAUCCGUAUGUUCAGGCCCAAAAAAGGCGAACGAAAGCGGCACAGCGGAUGUGGCGCUCUCACCGUACCUACGCCAGAGAUCGGGGAAACGUUUUUGAGCGAGUAUGGUGACCCACAUCCUCGAAAGACCGUGACAAUACGUGGUCGGCGCGUUUUCUUUCAACUCAGCACCAAACCCCUGUCCCAGGAUAUUCUCCUUAGCAUCAGGAACUCUCCAUACUUGGACCCAGAAGACUUGGAGGAACGCGAACGAAUUGCACGACAUCUCGAAGCAAGCACAGUUCCUAUAACCAGGAUUCAGUUUGCUUGGCCUUGUCGCGAUCAAGUGCUUUCUGCAGAGUGGGAGUAUGCUUGCGCUGCUCAAAGUUUCGUCCAGUUUCAUGCAGAGGAUAGACGCCUGGAGGUCGUGUUAUCGCCGUCGGACGCAAACUCUUCGCCUCGAUAUAUGAACCCACUUCUCGACCUACUGACACAAACUCAGUCUCGACAGGUUAUCUCCAUCGACUUCUCCUCAAUUGAGUACAUCGCCCGCGACAAUCAGCGGGAUGGAGUUCCUGCCAUCGUUCUGUUUCUCCUCACUCCCCCCCAAUAUCUCGAACAAAACAAAACCAUUUUCAAUGACGAUAGCAGAAACAGGCAGACAGCUCUCGAUGUUGCCGACAUUGAUGGACGUCCUCAUUCGGACGUUUCUCCUUACCUCUCUUAUACCAUUCGUCUUCUUUGUCGAGCGCCUGAGAAUCUCAGCGUUUUCGAAAGUCUCGCACGUGAAGCUGGCCUGAAUUUACCCAUCCGUUCCGAAUACUGGCCUGUCGACCACCGCCAACUGUUCUCCGUUUCCUCCCUUCAAACGUUCAUGUCGUGGUUGAAGGAGCUUGACUUUCAGGUAGCCUUCCAGAUUGAACGACUCGUCCUGGACCUUUGCGUUGAUCCAAAGGAAAUGCUGGAGUUAAGGAACGAAGUCAAUAAAUUGGUCGUAAACUCUCGCAGGCGAGGAUCAACCAGUCAGAGCGUCGACUAUGUCGUCACCUGCCUUCGUGAUUUUGGGACGAAGGCGUAUGACACGUUUUGGUACACAGGGCAGCAGGAAGAAACUCUGGAGGAGUGUUUCUUGAAGAGUAUACAACGCCACGACCAAACUUUCAAGCCAAUAACUCGACGCGAGGACGAUGGCAUAUUCUUGUGCAUGCACAUCCAAAUCACACCCACUGGGAUGAUCUACAACGGUCCACUCCCAGAACGCUCGAAUCGAGUUAUUCGACAGUACAGCCCCGAGAAUCAUCAGAACUUUUUACGUGUCGGUUUCCAAGACGAGGGCAGGUUGCAGUUACAGUUUGAGCGUGGUGUGGACGGGAAAAGUUUUGUCAGUCGAAGGAUUGGUCCUUUCUUCAAGAAAGGUUUGUGGGUUGCCGGGCGACGGUUCGAGUUCCUCGGAUACUCUCAAUCAGCUCUCAAGGAACACGCCGUUUAUUUCAUGGCACCUUUCUAUGAAAGUGGGCACCUGGUGACGACUGCGACCGUCAUAGAGAGCCUCGGUCAAUUCUCUGAUCUUCCCUUCGAUCCUAAGCUGAUGUACUGUCCCGCUCGUUAUGCCGCUCGGAUUAGUCAAGGUUUUACAUCCACUGAUCCAACGCUGACGGAGGUGGACACCCUCAUCACUGAUUUACCAGAUCUCGAGUCCGUCGAUGCCCAAGGCAAAUCUUGGUGUCACACAGACGGUGUAGGAACAAUGUCACCAGAUUUUGCCAGAAGUGUACACGCUGAUCGACAAUCACAAAGGCGUGGACGUAGGCGACCUCUGGACGAGUAUGCUCGAGCCCUUCAGAUUCGGAUGAUGGGUUCUAAGGGGAUGCUGAGCGUGGAUGCGACUUUGACUGGCAAGACCGUGUGCUUGAGGCCAUCUAUGAUCAAGUUCAUAGGCGCACCCACUAGGAAACUCGAAAUUGCGAAAGUGUUCGAUCGACCUGGAACAUUCUAUCUGAACCGCCCACUCAUCAUGCUUCUUGAGGGACUGGGGGUACCCUACGAUUCCUUCAAGAAAUUCCAGGAUCUUGCUGUACGCGAAACAGAAGAGGCUACUGAAUCAUUUGAACGCGCGUCAUACUUCCUUCAGAGUCAUGGUCUUGGAGCGUCUUUCCGAAUUCCUUCAGUUCUUCUCAGCUUAAGCAAGUUGGGUGUCAUGGAAAUGGAUGACAACGGAUUUUAUGACAAGGUGAUGGAGUAUGGUGCAAACCACGUAUUGCGGCUUCUCAAACAUCGCGCCCGUAUUCCUGUCCCAAAAGCGUGGAAUCUCGUCGGAGUAGCCGAUAUCAACCGAUACCUUCCUCCUAAACACAUCUUUGCAUGUGUGAAGCCCAUCGACCGCUCAAAGAUAUAUUUGAAGGGACCGGUCUUGAUUUCACGCAGCCCCACGAUUCAUCCUGGUGAUGUACAGAUAGUGACGGCCAUUGGUCCACCUCCCCCUGGGUCCUAUUUUGAACAAAAUAACCUGGCAAACACCGUUGUUUUCUCCACGACCGAUGAGCGGCCACUACCAUCAUGUCUUGGAGGUGGAGAUCUCGAUGGGGAUGAGUACAAUGUCAUCUCACUGAACGAGUUACCCGAGUUCUGGAUUGACCCAACCCGUAUUCAAACCCCUGGUUCGUACCCUACCGCAACGAGGCGGGAGUUGGAUCGACCUUGUACGAUGGAUGAUGUCGGUGAAUUUGUGAUGGAGUAUAUCACCAGUGACGUCCUUGGUAUGGUCUCAAUCAGCUGGCGAAUCCUAGCAGACCAAACCGAUAUAUUCAACCCGAACUGCAUGAAAAUGGCCGAACUCCACAGUCUCGCAGUCGACUACCCGAAGUCCGGCAACCCCGUUCCCAUUCAAACCAUUCCGAAGCGCAACAACCUGUUGUUGCCAGAUUGGUAUGCUCCCGAGACGAUGUACAAGAUGGAUCCUACCAAGUUCUAUCCUUCUCAAAAAGCCAUUGGAAAGCUAUUCCGUGAAAUCAAACUCGAAGCGCCUCAACAAGCGUCUCAAGAAGGAAGAGCUCAGCGGCAUGCUUUGAGAAGGAAACAUCGUGAGGAGGACGAUUUUAUCGAAGAAUUGGAGGGUUUACAGAUUCGAGGCGACGACGAUCCUCUUUAUGACGCCAUUUGCGACAGAGUUGCUGAAUUUUUAGACGACGUCGAUCAAGAGGUCAAUGACGAAUCCUGGGCUCAUGUCGGUAACCUGUUCAGAGGCUACCGAUCUGAACUCGAAACCAUCUGCAGCACAUAUACGUUAUCCGCACGCCGGGGGGCUAUGCUCACAGAGGAAGAAGCGACGGUUGGAACUAUCGUCGCCAACACUUCUCAACCUAGAAAACGUCUCGACCAUAUCGGUAAGCUCCGAGAGCAAACGGAUACACUUGUCCGAAAUGUUCGAGAGAGUUUGGAAGGAGAUGAUUCAGUUUCGCCUGCUGAGAGCUUGAGACAGGCGUUUGUUGCUUGGGAGUUUGCGAGGUCUUUGUGUGUUUCGGGAUUUGGACGGGGACAACCGCCGUUUGGAGCGAGGAGUUUUUGGUGGGUUACUUUAGGUGCUGUGUUUGAGGGUGUGAAGGAGAUUGAACAGGAGAUGAUGUAUCAACGGAGGAGGGAUAUGAGACGGGGUCGAUAUUGAGGUGUAAAUUGUAUGAAAUUUUGUUUCGAUGUAAAAUGCUUUGUUGUAAUAUUUUGUACUUUUCAAUGUUAAAAAACUUGUCGCAAUAGUUUCCUUCGGG